GGCAGGUUACAGUUGGUGUGAGUGAGUGAGUGAGUGAGGGGGUUUUACUAAAGUUGUGAAGUGAAAGCAGAGUUAAGAGUAUGUUGAGCAGAAUUGGACAUAUUCACAGGUGUGUAGCCACACUGAAUCCUUUGCUGGGAGCUUUGGCCUCCAGACAGAAGCACACACUUCCAGACCUGCCCUAUGACUAUGGUGCACUUGAACCCCACAUCUCAGCUGAGAUCAUGCAGCUUCACCACAGCAAGCACCAUGCAACUUAUGUAAACAACCUGAAUGUUACUGAAGAGAAAUAUCAAGAGGCCCUGGUCAAAGGUGAUGUGACAACACAAGUGGCCCUUCAGCCAGCACUAAAGUUUAAUGGUGGUGGCCACGUUAACCACACCAUCUUCUGGACAAACCUGUCCCCAAACGGUGGAGGAGAGCCACAGGGUGAGCUGAUGGAGGCCAUUAAGCGUGACUUUGGUUCUUUCCAGAAGUUAAAAGAGAGGAUGUCUGCUGCAACUGUAGCAGUUCAGGGGUCGGGAUGGGGUUGGCUGGGUUUUGACAAGGAGAAUGGGAGACUGCGAAUUGCUGCCUGUCCAAAUCAAGAUCCUCUACAGGGUACAACGGGUCUCGUUCCACUCCUGGGAAUUGAUGUCUGGGAACAUGCAUACUAUCUUCAGUACAAAAAUGUCAGACCUGACUAUGUUAAGGCCAUCUGGAACAUUAUGAACUGGGAGAAUGUUACGGAGCGCUUUCAAGCUGCUAAGAAGUAGCCAAGAAGAACGCACUUAUAAAGCUGAAUAAACAACUUACCACAUCUCUACUGUUUUAUUCUUUAGCACUUAUAAUAAGAGGUCUGUUCAGCACAAGGUCUGUGUUCAGCCUAUGUAAUUAAAUCAUUGUUUAAACUA